AUGUCGACUGAGGAGCAAAACACCGUCGCGGCUGCUAACGCCAUCGAAAGCGUCGCUCGAACGAACCUCCUCACACCGAAUACAAAAUUGGACAACGCAAUCACAACUUCUCGAAAGCACAACUUGCCGGAGAUCACCGUUUCCCCGCUCCAAGGCCAGUUCCUCGCCAUCCAGUGUCAGCUCAUAGGCGCCAAAGAAGUUCUCGAGAUUGGCACCCUUGGUGGAUACUCGACCAUCUGGCUUGCGGAAGCGGGUGCGAACGUCACGAGCAUCGAGAUCAGCCCAAAGCACCGCGAUGUUGCUCUUGAAAAUGUGUCGGGUCUCGGCGCCGACAUCAUACUUGGCGCCGCUCUGGACGUCCUCCCUAAUUUGGCCGCAGAAGGGCGCAAGUUUGACAUGGUGUUUUGCGAUGCUUCUUGGGGCGAGCAGGAGAAGUAUUUCGACUGGGCGGUCAAGUUGACCCGAUCGAAGGGAUGCAUCUACGUCGAUAACGUUGUGUGGAACGUGUUGGAGAAGGGAAACGCAGAGGCAGGGAAGGAAUCGUUGUUGACUCACGUUGGGAAGGAUAAGAGAGUUAUGGCGACGCUCGUUCCCAUGAUAUCAACCGCACACACAGUUCUCACAGGUCGCACAAUUUUGGACGGUUUCUUGCUAGCAGUAGUCAACUAG